CUUGUCCAGCAAGAAUAGAAUGGGUGAGGCGGCUGCGCAGUACAACCCAGAGCCCCCGCCCCCUCGCACCCAUUACUCCAACAUCGAGGCCAAUGAGAGUGAGGAGGUCCGGCAGUUCCGGAGGCUCUUUGCCCAGCUGGCUGGGGAUGACGUGGAGGUCAGUGCCACAGAACUCAUGAACAUUCUCAACAAAGUCGUGACCCGACAUCCUAAUCUGAAGACUGAUGGUUUUGGCAUUGACACAUGUCGCAGCAUGGUGGCCGUUAUGGAUAGUGACACGACCGGCAAGCCGGACUUCGAGGAAUUCACGAACUUGUGGAACAAAAAGUGGCAGGCCAUAUACAAACAGUUUGACAUUGACUGUUCAGGGACCAUUGGCAGCAGUGAACUCCCAGGGGCCUUUGAGGCAGCAGGAUUCCGCCUGAAUGAGCAUCUCUACAACAUGAUCAUCCGACGCUACUCAGAUGAGGGAGGGAACACUGAUUUUGACAACUUCAUCAGCUGCCCGGUCAGACUAGAUGCGAUGUUCCGUGCCUUCAAAUCUCUUGACAAAGAUGGCACCGGACAAGUACAGGUGAACAUCCAGGAGUGGCUGCAGCUGACCAUGUAUUCCUGAACGGGAGUCCCAGACCUGCCCCCCUCAUC